ACAAAAUUAGCGAUAGAUAUAGAAGAAAAUAAAGCAGAUUCUUGGUCAAUUGGGUCGCAAUCAUAAAAAAUAUAAUUCAAUAAUCAAACUAUUUUUUGUUGAAACGAAAAGCCGUAGAUAGAAUCUGCUAUCUUUUUUCUAUAUAUACGACUUGCUCUGCGAUAUAAUUGAUCACGAAAUUGGUUAAAUCUGUUUUGGGGGUUUUCAUUUUUUGAAGUUUUGUAAUCGUUCAAACAAAAAGGUUCAAUUCGCUGUUGGACAAUCAAUCCGAUUUUGGAUAAUCUCAUCUGGGCCAAUAAUCUCGAAAGAAAGAAGAAACAUUACUCUCGAUUGCAUUCCGACAUUCUGAUUCAUCCAAAUGGCCGUGAAAGUGAAGAUCAAUGGAUUCAUCGAGGGCACACAAUCCGAAGAGCUGAUGAAACUACUUUUGUCACUCGCUUCAAAUUGGGGAGAUGUUUUCGAUACAGACAAUUUGAAAGUCAAACAUCUAAGUGGCGCCAUGACUAAUGUGGUUUAUCGAAUCACAUGGCCACAAAACACCGCCGGAAAUGAUGAUCGGACAGUUUUGGUUCGGAUCUACGGUGAAGGAUCCGACAUUUUCUUUGAUCGGGAAGAAGAAAUCCGAACUUUUGAAUCGAUCUCGACCCAUGGGUAUGGCCCACGUCUUCUUGGCCUGUUUCCAGAAGGUCGAGUAGAGGAAUUCAUCCAUGCUAAGACGCUAUCAGCUUCUGAUCUUCGUGAUCCCGAGAUUUCAAAUCUUAUUGCAGUCAAAAUGAAGGAAUUUCAUCAACUGGAUAUUUCUGGAUCCAAGGUUCCUCUUCUAUGGCCAAGAAUGCGAAAGUGGUUGAUCAAGGCUAAGAGCAUGUGUUCUCAAGAAGAAGCUAAAGAGUUUCAACUUGAUACACUUGAACAUGAAAUUGACACAUUAGAAAAGGAAUUGUCAAAAAGUCAUCAACAUGUUGCUUUUUGUCACAACGAUUUGCAAUAUGGGAAUGUUAUGAUCAAUGAAGAGACAAAAUCCAUCACCCUGAUUGAUUAUGAGUAUGCAAGCUACAACCCUGUAGCUUAUGAUCUUGCGAAUCAUUUCUGUGAAUGGGCUGCAAAUUAUCACACUGAUACACCUCAUGUUUUGGAUUAUAACAUGUACCCUGAUUUUGAGGAGCGAAGAAGAUUUUUGCAGUCGUAUCUCAGUUCCACAGGAAAUCUACCGAGUGAUGCUGAAGUAGAUGAGCUUAUUGCUGAUGUGGAAAAAUACACUCUUCCAAAUCAUAUUUUCUGGGGAUUAUGGGGAAUAAUAUCAGCUCAUGUGACUAAGAUUGAUUUUGAUUACAAAGAGUAUGCGAGGCAGAGGUUUAGACAGUAUUGGUUGAGGAAGCCCGAACUUCUGAAGGGCAAAAUGGUAAUUUCGCAUGAGGAUUCCAAGAAUGAGAAAGAAAAUGGUGCGGGUAGCCUUGUUACAUGAAGUGUUGUUGGUGAAAGUAGUUAUAAAAGUUGUAUGUAGAAGAUGAAUAAUAUAGAAUACAUCUGGCAUAAAGUCAACGCUGUCUAGAAUAUAUAUGAAAAGAAUGUGUCUCAAUUCUCAUUGUAUACAUUUUGUAGUGAAGUCAUUGUGCAAGGGGAAAAAAGAAUUGUUUUUCAUCACUUCUUUGUCUUCUUUACUUGAUGUAUGGAUUUAUAACUCAAGAAGAAUUUGUCUCGUUGUUUUGCAAUA